CGUAUUUUGUUUUGUGGCCAGUCCGAGCAAACAAGGCGGCCGAGCGGCAGCUAUUUAAUUUUUGUUUCGUACGGGCACGGAUCGGUUGGGAGCGGAUCAGAUCGGUUAGCUAUAUAGCCCCCGGCGUACGGGUAUUUGCGGCGAGUGCCGAGAAAAGUUUGGGAAAGUGCCCGUGACCAGAAUUUCCACGUUUCGAGAGGUGGGUUUCCCGCUGUGUUGUGCCGCUGCUUGUGUGCUCCAGAAACAGUCAGCCAUUCCAAACAAUCCGGGAAUGGAUCUGCCGCCGUCGUCUAGAGGACCAUUGGGUCUAUUUCCUACACACCUAUUGUGUCGAAAACUUUGACGCAUCCGCCGGAAGCGCCUUAAAGAGCUGUAACAAGUGCAAGGCCCAGCAGGUGAAGAGGCCCCCAAUCGUAAUUCAAAUCACUGCCAGCCCAAUCGAGCAAGCCACCCAAAGACUCGCGAAGGAAACAUGUCCAUGGAUAACCCCUACUACUUCUGCAAUGACGCCAAGUCGCCCCGCACCCCCGACUCGCAGUCCUCGGGGCGAGGCUUCUCCCUCUUCAAGCGCCGCAACUCUAAGGGCGGCAGCAGCCCGCGUCCGCUGGCGAUGUCCAACCCGGAACAGAUGCGGCUGAUCACUUCCGCCAAUCUGGACUCCACGGCCACCAUGGCCUUCGGCAGCCCGCGGGGCAGCUUCAACUCGCUCGGCGGCUCCUCACAACACUCGUUCGAGAUGCAGAUGUACCGCCAGAGAUCAUCGAAUUCGCACUCCGGCUUCCGGGGGCGGCUGGGCUCCUGCAACGAGACGCACAGCUCCCAGUGCCCGGGGGGCGGGGAUCACGACGAGGUCUUCAAUCCGCUGACAUCUCCAACAAGCAGCAAGGCCCAUCGGCACCACACGCUCCCCAGUGGCGGAGCUCGCCGCCAUUCCUUUGGCAACUCGGGCCAGCACCACCAUCAGCAGAGCUCCCAAGCAUCCGGCGCAGCGGCCCUGGGAUCUCCGGACGAGGUGCCCAGCAUGAUGGCCCCCCGCCCGCCUCUGCAGUCCCCCAACAAAUUCCGCGGAAAUUCGCACCGCAGAAGAGACAACUGCGGCGGCGUCAACAACAGUGGAGCGAGUGCAUCCGGCUGCCUGGCUACUCCCGGCUACAACAUGGACGACAUCCUGAUCAUCACAGCCAAGCACAGCGAACGUGCCUAUCUGCGGGCCACAUUCCUGAAGAACCAUUUCGACAAGAUUACCAAGCAGCGCGGACGGAAGCCAUUCAAUUUUCUGCACAUCAAAAUUGACGAUGGUCCCUUCGGAGAGGAGAUCGCCCAGAAGUACCAGAACACCGCGCUCCAGAUUGUGAUUCUGUGCCCGGCCUUGCUGGCGCUCCCACACAGCUUCUUGAUGACCCAGCUCUCCGCCAUCAUCCGCGUGGAGAAGGUGCUGGCCAUCCUCCUGGACGUGGGCGAAGACAAAGUGAAGGAGAUGCACAAGGCCGCGCUGCCCAGCUACUACAAGUGGCGUCGCUGCGUGGUGCGCGACAACGACCAGGUGCAGAUCAGCAACAUCUUGGGAAUCGCCACGGACAUCCUGGGACGCGCCUUGUGCCAGCGUCCACCCUGCCACGAUCAUUUCGGCUCGGGAAGCGGCAGUGGCCUUUCGCGGAGCUUCUCCGCUUGCUCGGAGGGCUUCACAGUGCUGCCCAAGAAGGUGAAACUGGGCCAAAACAAAGUGGUCGCUCUGCUAGCAGAACCGCUCGAGAAGAACGACACCUUGAAGCUGCUCGUGGAGAAGUCCGGGGAACUAAUUGAACUGCGUAACUUCAAGUGCCGCAAUCCGUACACGCUGCAGUUCUCCAUUCCGGAAGCUUGCAUGGAAAUAUCCACCAUGAUUGAAAUUCGCAUCGAGAAGAACAACAAGAGCCUCGGCGCCCGGCCUAUCAAGUGCGAGAGUCGGCUGCGGGAAUUGGAGCAGCUUCUACGCAUUGAAGACUCGCCGAUCGAGUUUAUGUGCCACGCCCUGGGCAUUGGGCCCGUGGAGCGCGAUGCCCUGGACCAGCACCUCCUACAAUGCUUCCAACGCAACAUGCCGCCAAACUUUCAUCUGCUGAGCGGUGCCAGUGAGCGACAACCGCACUUUUUCACUCGACUGGAAUCGAGUCCGGAGGAGUACCCCACCCUCCUGCACUUCGCCGCCCGAUGGGGACUCAACAGACUCUGCAUCCAGUUGAUGGAGUGCCCCGGCGGCGACACUGCCUGCGGUGUGAGGAACUGCGCCGGCCGCACUCCCUCCGAAUUGGCCGAGCAAGAGGGUCACCACAAGCUGGCCCAGAACAUAGUCAGCUUCUCGGAGUUCCACGAACUGACCACCAUGUACCAUUACUUCUUGGGAGUAACGCCUGGGGAGGAGAGCGGCCCGAAGCCGAACGCCAACAUAGUGAUCGAGGCUCAUGCCGGCAAGGCUGCAAAGUCGAGCAAGCCACCCAAGCACCUGCCCCCAGCGGAGUAUAUGGAAAUGUCGAGUGGGUCUGAACGGGAGAACACUCCAGAAGUCAGAACAAAAACAGAGACUAUGGCCAUCUCGAAUCUGAACUACAUAAGCGUGGAAACGGAGGACGAUAACCUCCAAGCAUCCGUUGCCGAGAAAAAGGUGGAUUCCGACAAAAAGCUUCCGGAACCCGCUCUGCCUGGUCCCGAGCAAACCACAAAUGAGCUGCGAAUCAACGAACCCCCUUACUUUCAGUCCAAAGAGCACAGCCUGCAGGCGAAAUCUAAGGACGAGGUCGAUGCCCUACCUCUGUACCAUACUGACAAGUUCAGCCACGAGUGCUCUCAGCUUCUGGAGAGCCAACCUGGCAAUGACUACGUGCUACAGCCUUCCAACGUUCCAGUACCAGUAUCCGUACCCGAGACCGCUGCAGUGGUACCUGUAGCGGUACCCGCGUCUGUGGCUUCAGACGAUGGAAACUAUCUGUUCCAGCCCUCAAACCGCCCGGUAGAAGAUCACCUAAGAAUAGCCCGCUGCCCGAACCGGCAGCCCAGCUAUGGAACGCUGAAGCGAAGUGCCAGUGAUGCCAGCACUGCCCGAUCUAAUGCGGACGACGAGCUAGCGGAGAUUAUGCACGACUUUAAGAACAACGUUCUCUCCAUUCGCGAUGUGGAGUUGCUAGUUGAGCGGUGGAAGCAUCGCAACGAUGUGCAGCAGAGCUUCCGGGAGAAGCAGGACCAGAUUGACCAGCUACGGUUGGAGUACGAGCGUAUCCAGGAGCAGGUCAAGUCGCAAUUGAAAAGGGAAACUCCUUUUGAGCGAUUCAAGAAGUUCUUUUCCCGGACAAAGCCCCACCAGGCGCCCGGAGGAAACGACAGCCUUCUAGACGAUACCAAGUCCUCGAUCGGUACAAGCUGCAGCUUCAAAUCGAGCGGCGCUGUGGGUUCAGUAGUGGGUGCGGCCGGUCGACCCAUAAGUUCUCUCAGCCUGCAGAGCUUGUCCAGUUCAAGUUCUUCGUCGGGUAGACUUAGCACAGGUAGUAACUGCAGUGGAGCCUCGCUUGGGGAUUCGGGAACCCACUCCGACCACGAGGAUCGCCGGAUGCCGCACUGCCGUCUGAUGGACAACUACCUGGUGCCACCGCCUCCGAGGCCAGUGCUAACACCCAGCUCAACGCCCGGUGAUGAGCGCCAUCAGAUAGUAUUUCCUUCACCCAUGUCUAGCUGCCUUCGGUUAAACACGCCCACCAGUCCUAUAGGAUCCGAGCACUACCAAAUGUUUCCCUCGAAUAUUCCGGUAUAUGGGAGCCCAUCAACUUCGACCAAUUCCCAAAGCAAUAACUACCUGAAUACCAUCGUGGAAACGAAGGAGCAGGCGGAGACGCAGCACUAUCAGAACCAUAAUGGGGUAACCCUACAACCCAUCAAACUGAACGAGAGACCGAAUAUCAUCUACGGGAAGUUGACGAAGAGUCACUCCGUCAACGGCUGCAGCUCUUUUAAGCCAAAGCUGGUGCCGGUGACAUGUCCUAGGGCGGAAAGUAUCGAAGUCAAAGCUGAAGUAUACCAGAACGUGGGGGAUAUUCAACCUGGAAAGGACAAAAAACCCGAACAAACGAGCUCAGUGCCAGGAGAGGCGCCAAAUUAUAUGAACUGCUAGGCCAUAGAAUCGACCAAUAGAGCGAUAGGCGAUACUAUUUGUAAUUUAAAGUUGAAUACAAUUAAUGCAAUCAUCGCAACCAGGAGAUAUUUAGUCAGUAAAAAUAUAAUCGCAUGCCAGAUAAAAUGAGUACGAGCUAGUUAACGAUAAUUUUAAAAAUAAGUGCUUAGUGCACAUAGUAAUAUUUUUACAUGUAUUUACGUAUCUUUCACAGUUUAUUGUGUAUUUAAAUUUUAAAACACUUUUGCAAGCAACCAAACCAACAUAUCGUUAUUUUAAGAGUAUACUUAAGCCAAUACCUAGAAUCAAAAACGAUCCUUAUAACAUUAGAAUUAGACUAUAAGUGCUAGAAAUGCUCCCAGGCAUAAAAAACUCGUUUUCUUUCUCAUACUAAUAUUUAAAGUUUAAUAAAUUUGGAUAUUUAAGUCAAUUGGUGCAGUAAUGUGAUA